AUACACACUUGGAUCUCAUAUCCUCCAAAACCGGCUAACCAAACGAAGCCUUAAACUGUAGCUAGCGACCUGGAGGAUAACGGCUGCAGGCUGCAGCAUAUCAAAACCUUCGCCUGUGGCGAAUUUAUUACAGCAGCGACGCCGUCGCCCGCGGUCUCUCCCUCCCUCCCUCUCCCGCUGUUGACUGUCGUAUAUCUUUCUCUAUGGUUUAAGAUUAGAUUCUCUCACAGAUUUCGUAAGAUCAUUAGGUUUAUUGCUCCACAAAUUUGCGAUCUUAAAAUGUCUGACUGGCAAGAAUUCGUACAACCGGUGGUCUUCGGCUUAAUCUUCUCUUUCCUUCUUGCCAAGCUCUUCUCUGUUAUCUUUGCCUUCCGCGAUGAGAAUCUCCGGAUUUCUCGGAGUGAGUCGGUGGAUGAUGAUCCUAAGGCGGCCGACGCUCAGUCGAAGGCUGCAAAGGAUGCAGACCUAUUGGGUGAAGAGACUUUGAAAGAGAAGGAGCCGCUGAUUCAAGGGGAGGAUGUCAAGUCCUCGGUCUACAGUGACUAUAGCGAUGACGAUGACUGGGAAGGAGUUGAGAGUACCGAGUUGGAUGAGGUGUUCAGUGCUGCGACUGCUUUUGUGGCUGCCACUGCGGCUGAUCGGCAGUCUGUGAAGGUUUCGAAUGAGGUUCAGCUGCAGCUCUAUGGACUCUACAAGAUUGCCACCGAGGGGCCUUGCAGCUCUCCCCAGCCUUCAGCUCUGAAAAUGACUGCUCGUGCCAAAUGGCAAGCAUGGCAAAAAUUGGGUGCAAUGCCUCCAGAAGAAGCCAUGCAGAAUUAUAUUGACAUCAUCACUGGGUUAUAUCCUGAUUGGGUUUCUGGUUCAUCAACUAAGAACAAUAGGGAAGAAAGUGGUAGUGCAUCUGGUGGAGAUUCUAAGGCUUCGAUGGGACCUGUGCUCAGCACCUUUAUUUAUGAAGAGGAACCUGGAAAUGAAUUUAAAAUGGCUGAUAUACAUGCCUUUGCUAGAGAAGGAGACGAUAACAACUUGAUCAAGUGUAUUGAGAGUGGUGUUCCUGUGGAUUUGAAGGACAGUGAGGGUCGGACUCCAUUACACUGGGCUGUAGAUCGCGGCCAUCUGAAUACCACCAAAGUGCUUCUAAGCAAGAAUGCGAAUGUAAAUGAAAAGGAUAAUGAAGGUCAGGGGCCAUUACAUUACGCUGCAGUAUGUGAGAGAAAAGAUAUUGCAGAAUUGCUUGUGGAGAAUAAUGCUGACAUAGGUAUGAAAGAUAACGAAGAAAACAGGGCCGGUGAUCUUUGUGAAUUUAAGUGGCCAUGGCUGUGUGCUGCUACCGAGUGAAUGCACUUUUUCCCCUGCAUCACUCACUGAUCAUUGUUUGUAGUUUUUUUAAAAUCAAUGUACAUAUACAUGAUGCUCUCUUAUCUACAUUGCUCUGUAGCAAGCAGUCACGUAGUGUGUCCCUUUGUAUUUCUGCUGCUUCUCACUUUGACUUUGAAACUAACAUUGUUACGGAAGAUUUAUUAUAGUGCUAUAUGAACACCCAAAGCUAAUUUGGCACUAGCUGAACACGUCCAGCAAUUACUCCAUACCAUGGAAAUGAUUUUGUGAUACCCAUUUUGAGUCUUUGACUGUGCUCUUGUGGAA